AUGGACGUCGCGAGCGCCCUCGGCAAGCUCAGCACUAUCGAGUCUCGCGACACCAUGCCCUUCUCCUCGGACACUGACACCGGCGGCUUCUCGACGCACCAUCAACAGCACAGUCAACACUACCAACACCACUCAAGCGGCGGCCGUGUCCCCAGCCGCGCCGAUGUCUACCCUGACCGCGACCAGCGUGCAGCUGCCGGCGCCAUGCCAGCGCCUGCAGGCGCCGCCGGUCUGUCCUUCGGAACACUGGCCGCGCACGACGCUGCGGCACUGCAGCCGGCCACCACGUACGCGCCGCCGCCCUGCAACCCCGCCGCACCCGCCGCCACGGGCGGCGGCGGCGGCGCGGCGCACCCCAACAGCGGCACGCCGUCGGGGAUCGGGCGACCCGUGGUCGAGCCCCUGCCAGAGUCGACGCCCGCGCCAGUGGCCGACCCGGCCGAGGCGCUCAUGCUGGCCACAUACCUGCGCCUGGUGCAGGAGACGCACGGCCAGGAGGCGGCCGCUGUGGCCGCGGCAUCCUCCGCGCCGCACGCGGGCGGCGUGCCGCCGCCUGCGCCGGCCGCGCACACGCCGCCGCCGCUCGCAUCGGCGCCCCGCGCGCCGUCGUCCCGCCCCUCGUCCCGGCCCGCCUCUGCGGGCCCGCAGUCACAGACUCGAAGCGGCGGCAGCGCCGCCGACCUCGGCGCCGGCGACGCGGCUGCCGGUGAGGUCGUGAGCAACAUGCUUGGAUUCAUCCGUGACCGCAAGCUGGCCACCAACAACCCGCCGCGGCGGACCAGCCUGGGGAGCGAGAGCGCGGGCAGCAGCGUGUCGUCUUCGGCAGGCAGCAAGGGCAGCAUGAAGAUCUGGAUCCAGCCCAGCGGCCCCCGGCGCCCCGGAGAAGGUACAGAGGACGAAGAGCAGGGCAUCCUGACGGCUGAGGAGGUGGCCGCCAGCGGUGACGUCAUGCUGAGGAUCACCCUGCUGGCGGCUGGCUUCGUCAUAGGCCCCGCGGGCGCCAGCGUGCGCGAGAUCAUGCGGCGCACCGGCGCCGACAUCAAGAGCUGGACGGAGGCCCACAGCUCCACCAGGACACGCCGCCCCGCGCGCAUCUUCCUCAUUGGGGGGGAGCGCCGCAGCAUGGCGCAGGCCAUCUACGUCAUCACCGCCGCGGUGGACCGCUACAAGGAGCUGUGCGAGGGAAAGUACACGGGCCAGGCAGUGCCCCGCAUCCAGCGCGUGCUGGGCGUCGAGUUCUCAUACCAGCCGCCCCCCAAGAGCACCGUGCCGUACGCCGCCUCCCUCAAGGGGACGCACAUCGGGCUGCCGGGGCAGAGGAACCCCGCACGCGCGCACGGCGCCCCGUCCGGCCCGCCCGCACGCCCGCCCCAAGCCCGCGGCCCAGGAGGCGCCCUGCCCCCGCACUAUGGCUCAGCGCCCCCGCCUGCGCUGGGAUACCCCCAGGACCCUGCCUCUGCGGCCGCCGCAUACGCUGCCAUGCUCGGUGCCGCCGGGAUGCUGCCGCCGCUGCACCCCGCGGCGCUCGCGGCCGCCCCCGACCCGUCGGCGGCCGCCGCGCUGCAGGCGAUGGCAGCGUCGGGCGCGUUCGGGCCCGCCGUCGCGGCCGCCGCGGGCGGCUACCCUGGCGCGCUGGUUCAAGGUUCGCCGGGUGAGGCGGCUGCGGCCUUCAGCGCCUUCGCGCCCUACGCCUGCGGCAUGGGCGCGCCGGCGCAGCAGGGCGGCGGCGGCGAUGCGCAGCUGAUUGCUGGGAUGGGCUCCGACGACCCCGGCGCCGCGGCCGCCGCCGCGGCGGCCGCGGCGGCGACAGCAUACACCAUCAGCGGCGGCGCCGGCGGCGCCGCAGACUUUGGCUAUGCCCUCAUGCCGCCGGCGCCGGGCUUUGCCGGCGCCGCCGGCGGCGGCGCGGGCGCGUACGGCGUUUGGACGGGCGGCCCGAUGGCGGACGCCGCCGCGGCCGCCGCUGCGGCAAGCGGCUUGCCGGUCCCGAUCCCCGGUCCGCCGGCCGCCCUUGACGGCAUGCAGGGCGGCGCGGCGGGGCACGCCCAGCUGCAGGCGCAGCGCAGCGGCAGCUCCGGCCGGGGCGCGGGAACGCCGCCGCGGCGCCCCGGGUCCGCGGCGGGCGAUCAAAAUGGCGGCCGC